CUUUGAUUCAGCAGAAGAGCUUUUGAUCGUCAGGUUAACCGGAGAGACGGAGACAUUUACUUAAAAUCUGUUAGCAAACAAAUUGGCAGAGUUUAGCCCCGUUUACUGACGUCAUUUCUACAGGUUGAGAUCGUGUCGCUCGUGAGCACUUCAAGGUUAACAACAGUUGAGAGGCUCAUCUUCAUCUCUGAUCUUGUCAACAGUAAGACUGUUGAAACGCGCGGCGUUGCAGCGUUCACUUCACGAAGGGUCCUAAUUUUGAAGGAUGGUAGGAAUGCUGUGACCCAGACUCACAUUGCUGUUAUUUUGGAGAUAUUUUCUGUGACUGACCUCAGACCACUUCAACAGUCAGUGUGGAACCGAUAAAACGUCUGCAAUGAGUCUGAGAUAUCUUGACUCUGAAUUGACAAUGGAGGACAGAAGCAGCCGCAACGGAAGCAGAGAAAGGCUGGGACUGAGCUUUACUAUUGACUACCUUCUGUUCAAUAAAGGAGUCAAAGGUUCUAAAGAAGAAGCGACAGGAAGUCAUGCGGCUGAGCAGACAGAGAACAACAUGCAAAAUCAUCAGAAACUUGAAGAGGUGGGGAUUCGCAGUGAGACACCGGAGAAGCAGUUACAGAGGUCAGAGGCAGACACUGAAGAAAGGAAAGUCAAAGAUGAGGAGGGGGAAGAUGAUCAACAAGAGGAGGGGGAGGAGGAAGUGACCACCACUACAUCUACCAGCAGCAGUCCAAGGAAGGUGACGGAUAAACCCAACCAGUCGUACAUUGCGCUCAUCUCCAAGGCAAUCCUGGCUUCUGAGCAGAAGAAACUGCUGCUAUGUGACAUCUACCAGUGGAUCAUGGACCACUAUCCUUACUUCAAGAGUAAGGAUAAAAACUGGAGGAACAGUGUGCGUCACAACUUGUCCCUCAAUGACUGUUUCAUCAAAGCGGGCCGCAGCGACAACGGGAAAGGCCACUUCUGGGCGAUCCACCCAUCGAACUAUCAGGACUUUUCUAACGGGGACUACCACUGCCGGCGGGCACGGCGGAGGGUACGCAGAGCUGCAGGACAGCUCCCACUGUCCUCCCUGAGCUCCCCUUAUCACCCCUCCCUCGCCCGCCCUUACAGAAUAACCUGCUGGUGCUGUCCUCAGGUCCCGGCACUCCCUUUGCCAUGCUUGGCACCCAGACUCUACUGGCCUGGGUCCAGCAUACAGCCACAAGUGGGGCUCCACCUGGGCCUAAAUGGUACCGUGCCCUGAGAGUCAAUUGUUUGUAUAGUUGAGAUUGAUUAUACACUCAGAAACCGUAGAAUCUUAUUUGCGAAUGAUUAUGUCAUUAGGUGAUGUUUAAAUGGACACUUUCAACAUUAACAAAAAGAAUAUUCUUCUUUAUAAGUAAGGAAAAGGUGAUUUUAGGAGGUUCAACGACUCAAUCAAAUGUAUGAAUCUUUUAAAGCCGCUCCUUUUAUUUGUAUUUUGAAUGUUUUUAGAAAUUAAACAUACCAAGUUUUGUUAUAAUCUCAUUAAAUAAUAUUGA